UUAAUUGUGCUUAGCAAAUUAUGUUUAUGUUGGAAAUGGGGGUAUUAAAGCUGACAACUCUUUUGGGGGAAUGUGUGCCAGAUGGAAAGUUGUGGCAAAGGCUUAAGCUGCAAUGAUUUCGUCAUCAUUUACUCAAAUUCUUCUGAAAACUAAAGUUAAGUCCCGGUGCGGAAGCUUUUUGACUAUUCGCAUGGCCAAGAUCAACCGCGUCGAUCCAUUUUGCGCGAGCGCUUGUGUGGUGGCUUUCAAAGGAUCGCCGCAACUCGGUUCAUAAAUUGUGGGAAUUUUAGUGUAAAGUGGUGCUUGAUUUGUUUACUUGGAGUAGAAAUUGAGAGAUGGACAGUGAGGAGAUUUCUAACCCUAAUGAAAGUGCUCACAGCGAGCUCGCAGCACCUCCAGGAUGGCAGAAGAAGCUCGUUCCCAAGAAGAGUGGCACUCCUAAGAACGAAGUCGUUUUCGUGGCUCCAACUGGUGAAGAAUUCAAGACAAAGCGGCUCCUGGAACGAUACUUAAAAAACAGUACAGGAGGUCCUUCUAUCACUGACUUUGAUUGGAGCACAGGUGAAAAUACCCCUACAAGGAGAUCAGCAAGGAUAAGUGAAAAGGUAAAGGAAUCACCUGUGAAAACUCCAGAAAGUGAAUCAAAGAAAAAACCAAAGCUUUCCAGAAAAUCUCAAGGGGAUAAAAAAGCUGCUGAGAAGGAAGUGGAAGAAGAUGUUCUUAAGGAUACUGUAAUAUGUGAAACGGGGGAGAAGAAGGAAAAUGAAGAAGAAAAGGACAGUGAAGUUAUCACAGAAAUUACGAAAGAAGAAAAAGUGGACAAACCCAAAAUUGCAGACAUAAAUGAAAUAGCUGUGAAGGCAGAUGAGAAACCGGUGGUCGAACCACAAAUUCAUCCUGAUGAAGGGGCGCUCAAGAAACAUUCUGUAGUUGAGAAUGAAGAAAAGCCCAAGAAUUUGGAGAAUACAAGCGAGAAUGGCAUUGAUAGAGAAGUCCCAGUAGAGAGUUAUGGCCAAGAGAAGCGUUCAGAGCCUGUGAAGGAAUUACACGAACCGAGUCAAAAAAUACAUGCAGCUGAAGAGGUUCAGAAGAUGGAUUCUUCGAAUAACCAUUCUGAGGCAAACCAGCUGCCAGUAGACGCAACUUAAUAUGCUGAACUAAACCUUGAGGGCUUUCAGCUGUAGCAUUGUAGGUUAGAUUCUUACUUGACACAUAAUUCGUUCAGGGUUAAACUCCAGGAGUAGAAAGUAUGAAUAUAGAUAGACAACUGUAGGAAUGGGAACCCGGAGCAGUAACUCUGUGGAAAUUUGCCUAGUCACCGGAUAGUUACCAUGGUUUUGGUUCUUUGGUUUGCAUUUCUCUGCAAUUACUUGUUUUAUAUGCCCCUUCAUUUAACCCCUUAUUUCUACUAAAGUGCCUUUUAGCUUCCUAAGGAACUUAUUAAUGAAUUACAAUUGCUAAUAUUGAUUAGCUUUAAUUUAAUAUAAGGUAUACUAUAUGUGGAAUUUUGCUUUUGUA